AUGGCAACACGAACAUCAACACGAUCAACUAAAGCCGUUAAAUUUGUUGAUUCUGCUGAUGAUGAUGAAGGAGAAUUUGAUAAUUCAAGUGCAAUAAGAAUAAAAAAUGAACCAAAAAAAGCUAAAACUCGUGGUCGUACACGUCGAAAUCAAACAAACGAUGAUGAAGAUUGGGAUGCAAGAAAUGAACAAAGUGAAGAAGAUGAUGAAAAUGAUGAUGAGAGUAUCGAUAAUGGAGAUGUUACAAAAAAAUUUAAAACUAAUACUGUUAAUCGUUCGAUUGAUUCUGUUUAUGAUUUUGGAGAAAUGAGUAAUACAACAAGAAAAUGGUCAAAAACAACAACAACACCAACACCACAACGUAAUAGUACUGUUAGUGAUACAGGAAAAUCAAUGGAAAAAUUAAUGUGUUCAUAUUGUAAUUAUACAACAGCAAAAAAAUAUCUUCUUCAACGACAUUUAAAAUCUCAUUCAACUGAACGACCACAUAAAUGUGCUUAUUGUGAUCGAUCAUUUAAAACAACAAUACAAUUAACUAAUCAUGUUAAUACACAUUUAGGUGUUAAACCAUUUCAAUGCAAAUUUUGUUCAUUUUCAUUUACAACAAGUGGAGAACUUAUUCGGCAUGUUCGAUACAAACAUACACUUGAAAAACCACAUCGAUGUGACGAAUGUGGUUAUGCUACGGUUGAAUUAAGUAAAUUAAGACGACAUAUUCGUACACAUACAGGAGAAAAACCAUAUGCAUGUCCACAUUGUUCAUAUUGUAGUCCGGAUACGUUUAAACUUAAACGACAUUUACGUGUACAUACUGGAGAACGUCCAUAUCAAUGUACAAUUUGUAAUUUUCGUUUUACUCAAAGCAAUAGUUUAAAAGCUCAUAUGUUAACACAUCAAGCUGAAAAACCAUCAUUUCCUUGUUCAUAUUGUCCAUCUGUUAUGGCUCGAAAAUCUGAUCUUCGUUAUCAUAUUGGUAAACAACAUGCUCGUCAAUCCGAACCAUUAUCAUGUACUAAAUGUGAUGAAGAUUUUCCUGAUAAAUAUUCAUUACGUAUGCAUGGUAAAACUCAUAAAGGUCAAACAAUACAUUCAUGUACACAUUGUGAAUUUUCUGCUAAUACAAGUCAACAAUUAGAUGAUCAUAUGAAUAAACAUCGUGGUACACGUCCAUUCCAAUGUAGUGAAUGUGGUUUAAUGUUUGCAGCUCGUGCUGAUUUACGUGCACAUGUUACACGUACACAUAGAAAUGCUUUAACGCCAGCAAUAACAUCAACACCAACACCAACAACAACAAUAAAUUCUCCAACAACAACAAUAAACCAUCGUCCACAACGACGUGCUGCAUCAUUACAACAUCGUUUUAUAGGUGUAUCAUCAGGUGCUGACGAUGAUGAACAUCAAGAAGAUGAUUUUCAUUGUCCAAUAUGUCAUAGACAAUUUACAUCAGCACGUUUACUUGAUAGACAUACAUAUGCUGUACAUGAACCAAAACAAGAUUCAUAUGAUGAUAGAGAUUAUCAAACAAAUGAUAUUGAAGAUGAUGAUGAUGAUAUACAUGAUUAUGCUGAUGAUGAACUUGAAGAAAAACCAAAAAUAAAUAUGAAUAAUAAAAAUGAUAUUCAUAUAAAUCCAUUAAAAGUUGAAGAAGGUAUAACAGAUGAUGAACAAAUAAUAAAUGAAGAAGAACAUGAUUUAGCACCUAAUGUUGAAGAUAUAAUUGAAAAUAUUGAUGAUGAUGAUGAUGAUAAUAAUAAUUAUGAACAAAUACCAACAAUUAAAUCAAUAUCAUCAGCUAGUAAAAAACAAAUUGGAAUAAUAAGAAAAUUUGAUGAAAUUGAUGAUGAUGAUGAUUUAUCAAAUAAAAGAAAAUGUAAUAUAAUUCGAGCGUCAUUCAAAUCUAAUGAUGAUGAAAAACCUGAUUUUGAUGUAUUCGGUUUUGAUGGAUAA